GGUGCCCGACCGGCUCACCGCCCAAUCGCCGCGGGCCCGCCGAGCCCCGGGGGGCUGGGGCCGCCGCCGCCGCCGCCGCCGCCGCCGCCGGAACGUGCCGCGGCUGCGCUGACGCGCGAGCGCCGGGCAGGGCGGCGGGAGCGCUCAGUCUGGUGGCGGCGGCUGCCGUGCGCGGACAGACGUGCCCGGAGCGUCGCAGCCGUCCGCGCCGCCCGCAGCCGAGCCGCGCCGCGCCGCGCUGCCCCGGCCGCGCCCGCCCGCCCGCCCGCCAUGGUGUCAUGGAUCAUCUCCAGGCUGGUGGUGCUUAUAUUUGGCACCCUUUACCCUGCGUAUUAUUCCUACAAGGCUGUGAAAUCAAAGGACAUUAAAGAAUAUGUCAAAUGGAUGAUGUACUGGAUUAUAUUUGCACUUUUCACCACAGCAGAGACAUUUACCGACAUCUUCCUCUGUUGGUUUCCAUUCUAUUAUGAACUAAAAAUAGCAUUUGUCGCCUGGCUGCUGUCUCCCUACACAAAAGGCUCCAGCCUCCUAUACAGGAAGUUUGUACAUCCCACGCUGUCUUCAAAAGAAAAGGAAAUCGAUGAUUGCCUGGUCCAAGCAAAAGACCGAAGUUAUGAUGCCCUUGUGCACUUUGGGAAGCGGGGCUUGAAUGUGGCGGCCACAGCAGCCGUGAUGGCUGCUUCCAAGGUGGCUCGACUCUUUCAUUUUGUCUCCUCUUUGGACCUCAGAGAAGGGCAGGUAACCCCGUUGAGAGGUGUGACUAACUCCAAACUGAUCCAGUCGGGUAGAGAGGCCAGCAGCGACCUCUGCCCACCAACACAUGGUCUGGAUCGGAACCAGGGACAGGGUGCCUUAUCGGAGAGACUCCGGAGCUUCAGCAUGCAGGACCUCACCACCAUCCGGGGUGACGGUGCCCCUGCCCCCUCCAGCCCCCCACCACAGGGGUCUGGGCGAGCCAGCGGCAAACAUGGCCAGCCUAAGAUGUCCAGGAGUGCUUCUGAGAGCGCUGGCAGCUCAGUGUGUACCUGCUGCUCUACCUGCAGGACCCGGAAAGUGGUUGAGGGAGAUGUGAAUGAGGGUGGUGUGAAGGCCUGGGAGCCCCACGAGGUCCAAAACCCGUUGGCAUUUUCGGACGAGGAGGAGGAAGAUCUGCUGGAUUUCAUGUACAAGUAUAAGGCGCCUCGAAAGACGGAGUUCCCCCUGGAGGCACCGCCUAGAGUCCUUCGAUCCCGCUUUAGGAAGAAAAGUACCUCAUCCUCAGCCACUGAAACCACGUGAGUGAGAUGAGCCAACAGCACCGGACCCACAGAAUGUUUCUUCUCUGCCUUAAAGAGCUAGUCACUAAUAACAUAGAAAUCCGCAAGCUGGCGUGCUUUGAGUGUGCAGCCUCGCAGACACAGCCUUUUCUCUCUCUCCUCUUACACUUUUAAGAUUUUUAUUUUCCUUUUCUUUAUUUUGCUGGGGAGAGGCUAAAGGGAAAGGUAGCUUGUGUGUGUGUGGGGGGGGGUGUGACCUUUAAGUCUUGAGGUUAGUAAUUUUCUGCAAUUGGAUUGUCAGCAGUGUGGUUUUAGAAAUAUAAGAGAUCACCCUCACACUGCUGAGAUGUACAUUUGUAAUUUAUUUGUUGCAUACUUCGUUUUUAGUCCUGUAAAUGCAAACAAAGCAAUUUUUUUAAACUUUUUUUUGUUCUUGGUACUAAUACUUUGGACUACGGUGUACAUAUUUAUGGCUUUUGGCUUAAUGUAAUGGACUCACAAGGGCUGCCAGAGGUUCUGAUAUGUAAGAAAACUACGAGAUAUGUAAAAAAUUAUUUUGAUUCUAGAGAAUGUCUCAGAUGUGCUUAUAAAGCUUCCAAAUACAACUCCAGUAAAACAGCCCUUUUCCUGUAGGACGAUGCGAUGGUCCAUAUUCUUCAGAUAGAUGUUAAGUCAAUAGACCAGAGACGUUUAGAAUGAAGAGACAAUAUUGUAAUGACAGACACGAGUGUAAUGAGGCCAGGGGAACAGCCCAGAAUAAGAGAGGUCACAAGAAGCUUGUCUCCCCCUGGAUUCUGGGUUAAGAGCUUCUGAAUUUUGUCGAGGGAUGUACCAAUGGCUUAGGCAGGUGGCUCACCUUUGGUAAAACCUCCUGGGGAUGUGAACUCACAGGGCUGUUUUGAGGAAUCAUUUUGAGUGUUCCAUCAGUGCUUGACAAAUGAUUGUUUCUCCUUCAUAGUAACCAGUUCUGUGACUUAUUUCCCCAGGUAGAGGAGCCUAUAAUCUGAGCACUUGAUCAAGAGAACAGUAAGCAAAAACCGACCAAUCAACCCAAAACAAACCUAAAACUAUGUUUCAGAUAUGUUGUCAAAUACGUCUGAGACACCUGUCAAAAUGCUGGGUUCUAGAAAGGUUUCAGAGGUUGAGAUCUUUAUGGACUGACUUGCUGCUCAGCUCCCUGGGCAGCUGUGGCUCACACCCUUCCCGGCUUGUGCAGAAUGUGAACGAGAGAAGUCGCACUCAUGGGCACUCCGCGUCUUACUAGACGUCUCAUGCAAGCCGAGAUCGCUUAGUAUAAUAGAGCACUAGCUAAGGGGACUCUCUACUUAGACUGAGAACUUUAUCUGAAAAGAAGAAUCUGGUUUACAUAGCAUUUCAGUCCGAGGUAGCUGCUCCCCACCCCCUUGGAGAGCUGAGCCUAAAAUGUAGGACUUGUAUAUUUGUGCUUAGAGUUGGUGUUUUCUUUCAGUGUAAUGCAUGCAGUGGUCACAAACCAGUCACUUAUAAUACUUGGAUUGUGUUUGUUCAUAGAUAUGCCCUGAAGACUAGAGAAUUAGUGUUAUGUACCACAUAGAACUUGCUGUCAACCGGCUAUAAACAGGCCCAGUUAAAGACCGUCUCAUUACUGAGCUACAUACACCAACAUAUAUCAGUAGUCUUUGCUGAUGGCACACUGGCUGGAUCUUAGCCACCCGAGAAAGGGUUUUACCUGAAGUUGAUUGUUGCCAGAUAUGCACAUUUAAAUCCCUUCUUCCCACAAUUCCUUUGAAGGUGAGUUUGUAAUUUACAAUGGGAUUUAGGAAAACAAACCUAAAAGCAAAUUUGUGGUUCAGAGAGCAAACAUAGGCUCUUUAUGAUCUUUCCCCCACACCCAACAAUCCCUAAACCCAUUAGGGAAGACAGAAAAUCUAAUUUCUUAAAGCUCACUGAAUAGUUUCAGAGGAAAAAUAUAUGCUUUAAAUGUAUUUGCCUGUUAGUUGGGAGUACCCAGAAUUAUCAGAAACAGCUUAAGCAGCUUUUUAGCAGUGUUUUUUUCUUUUCUUUGCCAAAAUAAUAAAUGCCUUUAGCAGCAGAGAUCCUUCGUGAACAAACUAUAUUUUCACCAUUUUACAAUGUAAAGUUUUAACAAGUACAAGCUAUCAAGUUUGCACUCAACUAUGCCAAAAACAAGUUUGAAGCACUCUACUCUCAGACAUGCUGUAUUACUGCUCAUUCAAGAUUUAAAAAAUUUAAAGGUAUCCAAACUGCUGUCUUAAUGUAAAUGUAACUAUUUUUCCUUCAAGUGUUGAUUAGGGAGUUGGUUUCUCUCUUAAAAACACUCACUGUACAAAUGAGAGCAGCUGUCAUAUUUCUGGCAAAAUGUGUUUACUUAUCCAACAAGCUGUAUAUUUGUGUAUGGACUGACAUAAAAUGUGAAUGCCUCCAAGUGUACAUGUAGUGCUGUGGUGUUCUGUCUAGAGGAUAUAACUGAACGUUUUUAAUUUCCUCAUUUACAGACAUAGGCUGUUUACAAAAUGCUAGCUUGAAAGUCUGUAAUUUUCAUGUAAUAACUUUUAGUUAUUUGCCGUUGAGCACCUGUUCUGUUUCUGAGGAGGUAAGAUGGGGUGGUGUACUUAUACACUAGGAAAUGGAGUCAUAAUCCCUCCUGGCUUUGUGUGAAUAGCUUGCUCACUUCACUGGCCUCUGAAAUGUGUGUAAACUGUCCGUGUGUUUGUGAUAACAGUGCUUGUCCACCAUGACCACAGCUGAGUAUCUUCCUAGUCCUCGCCUUGCACAGUAUUUGAAACGGCAAAGGAUGUGCUUCAUUCUCAAACGGCACACACUCAAAGAGCUGACGUUCUCGGUUGUGACUGUGCAGUUUCCCUAGUUUAUUCCUGUAGUCCCUAUAGAAUGAUCUGUGAUAAAAUAGUAUACUGGACUGUGCAUCAAAGGGAUGUAAAAUUACAGUAUUCCAAAGGUUGAAGUUCUGCUGUUUUGUUACAAUGCCUGAUAUAUACCUUGAAUAAAGUCUUAACGUUUUUCUUUUAAAAAACAUCUUUGUAAUGUCGAGCUUAUGAGGAAAGAGAAAAUACUUUAGAAUGUUUAUUUUUAUUUUUAUUUUUUUUUAAAGAGAGAAAGCUUGAGUGGGGGGAGGGGCAGGGAGAGAGGGAGAGAGAGAAUCUCAAGCAGUUUCCAUGCUCAGCGCAGAGCCCAACAUGGGGCUUGAUCCCAUCAUCAUGAGAUCACGGCCUAUGCCAAAAUCAAGAGUUGGGACGCUUAACCAACAGAGGCACCCAGGAGCCCCAGAAAGGGAAAAUACUUUUUUAAAAUGUGGAAGGUAGCAAGGAUUUAGAAGCUGAGUGCUCAGUCAUUAACUGGUCCGGUGCCUCGGCCCCAUGCCUACUGCAUAGAAUUGUGGUGGGAAAAAAAUUAAAAUGGGUGUUUUGAAAAACAGUUGAUCAUGUAAAUAUAAACCUGGUAGUAUGUUUUACAUUUUUAAAAGUCACUAGUGGAAUCUGUGUGGCUAUGAAAAUACAGCAGCUCAUCUGGUAAACAGUUUUAAUUGUGCAAGCAGAAAUUUGGUCUAUCGUUUUCCUUCUUGGUACCUGUUCCCUCGUCUGCAAGUGAGGGAGUACAUGUGCAGGUCAGAAGAGGGUAGAAUGUGCAGAGGAGCACUGAGUGACAUGGGUGCUCUUAAUACUGCUGCAGCCCUUGUCUUUAAAAUAUGAACAGGCUGGGGCACCUGGGGGGCUCAGUUGGUUAAGCAUCCAACUCUUGAUUUCAGCCCAGGUCAUGAUCUCACAGUUCACGAGUUUGAGCCCCACAUUAGGCUCUCCACUGUCAGUGCAGAGCCCACUUUGGAUCCUCUGUCUCCCUCUCUCUGCCCUUCCCCAACUUGCAUUCUCCCUCUCUCAAAAACAAACCAUUUUUAAAAAUCUUAAAAAAAAAAAAAAAAAAGGAACAGGUGGAGUACCUGGCUGGCUCAGUCGGUAGAACAUAGGACUCUUGAUCCUGGGGUCCUGAGUUUGGGCCCCAUGCUGGGUGCAAAGUUUACUUAAAAAUAUGAACAGGGUGCCUGGAUGGCUCAGUUGGUUAAGCGUUCAACUCUUGAUUUCGGCUCAGAUCACGAUCUCACAGUUCGUGGGUUCGAGCCCCAUGUCAAGCUCUGUGAUGACAGCAUAGAGCCUGCUUGGGAUUCUCUCUCCCCAUCUCUCCCUCUCCCCCUCCCCUGCUCACAUAGGCACGUGCACACGUUUUCUCUCUCUCAAAAUAAACAUUAAAAAAAAUAUGAACAGGCACAUAUAAGCUUUACUGGGUGGUCACAAAGACUUGAACACAAAAUUUGAAGCAUCAAAAUGCAACACUCAUUUUCUUUGCCUUUAUAGUCUUAUAUGCUGUAUGGUUGGCAUGAGGGCUAUAAAAGAAAGCAGCAGCAGAUAAAGGACCACAUUCAGAAGGCUGAAAGGAAGACAAAGAGGUGGAAAGAAAGGCUAAAACUCCAUUCAUUUAUUCAUUUAUUGAGCCAAGUCCAAUGGCAACAGAACUGAGAUUAACCAGGUGAAGAACUGACAAAUAACAGAAAAGCAAAGGCUGGCUUGGUACAGUGUCAUGAAUAAGUAUUUAGUAUUUAUAGUACUAGGUCACAGUCACUUAAUUUAGAUAUGAAUUUUCACGUUAAAAGACUCCAGGAAAUGCAUAGGAUUCCAGGAAGUUAGACCUAGGUUCUGUGACUUAUUAGCUGUAUUUUGGGUAAUUUAUUUAACCUUCUAUAAGCUGGAGUUUCCUCAAAUCUAAACCAGGGAUUAAAAAGUAUCUCCCUUGGUCACCUGGCUGGCUCAGUUGGAAGAGUGUGAGACUCUUGAUCUGAUGGUUGUGGGUUCUAGUCCCACAACAGGUGCAGAGAUUACUAAAAAAAUAAAUAAA